GCUGCGGCCGACGGUGCCCUGUCUACGCACGGCCACACUCGGCCCCAGCCUGGGCGGUCUGUCGGCGGCGGCGGACAGCACCCACGGCCGCGCCAUCCUGGCCCUGCUGCAGCCUGCCGACAUGGACCUGCUCUUCAAACAGCUGGCGGCGCGGCCCGGCCGGCGCGACCCGCUCUUCUUCGUGGGCGACGCCAGCUGGGGCGACAACAUCCGUCUGCUGCGCCGCCACUCGCUGGUCGUCGACAAUGCCGUCAUCGUGCGCGCGCGCCGGCUGGACGUGGCCGCGUUCGGUGAGCAGUUCCUGCAGACCCGCGGCGCCGCCGGCGGCGGGGGCGGUCCGUCGGCCGGCUGGCGCGCCCAGUACUGGCGCCAGUGCGGCGCGCGCUGCUCCCUGGAGACGGCCGGUGUGGAGGACGCUCUACUGACGGCCAACAGCCUGAUGGCCGCCCUAGCGCGUCUGCAGCGGACCGAGUGUGAAGACCCACCGCGAGAAGACGCCACAUGUCAGCCAAUUCCCCGCAUCAGCGGUGGCCUGGCGGGCGCGCUGCUGGCUGGACCCGACUCCCGCACACCAGCCGGUCUGCCCGUGCUAAGCUUCGACUCCGAUCGGUGGGCUGUGCGGCGUGCGGACGUGCUAAACCUCCGGGACAUGCGGCGUAUCCCCACCGUUCGCGAAAUGCACUACGUCAAGGUGGGCGAGGUGGACGCCAGCCGGGCCUACCUCAGCCGACCGGUGGUGGCCAACACGGCAGACGGACGGGAGGUGGCCGCCGCCAGCUGGAUUCAGGGCUGUCCCGCCGCAGACAACGCGACUGGAGCUACUGAUGUAAGCGGGCGGGCCACGGAAGAAUCUGCUACCGAGGCUGAAUCUGCCUCGGGUGGAUUCACUUCUGAGGCUACCACAGCAGCUAAGUCUGUCACUGAGGCUGGAAGGACGGUGGAGCAGCCUGUCACGAAGGUUGAACAGACGGUGGAUGGUCCUGACACCGAGGCUGAACCGCCAGAAGAUAAGCCAGUGACUGAGGUUAAACUAGCCCCGCCAUCGCCAGAGUCAGCGGACGAGAAGCCGAUGACGGUGACCGAACAGGCGGUACUAAAACCUGUGACGGCAGAUGGGGUAAUGACACAACAGCCUGUAACCACCCUCGGACCAACGAUCGAAAAACCUAUGGUGACUGGAAAAAUGGCACAUAAGCCAUUGCCACCACCUGACUAUGCUUCUGAAGAACCUGACAGACAUUCCACUGUUGCGCCCGAUGUUUCUGAGACAGCUGGUGGAGUUACUGAUGUCACAGCUAUCAGUGUUCUCAAUGUCACAAACGUUACCGAACAGACAACUAGUGGCGAUACCGAGCCUUUAACUGCUACUGAAGCCAGAAAUGCUGGUAUCACUGAGGAUCCGGCUCUCCUUGUCACGAAUGCUGCAACUGUUGGUGUCACCGAAACCACGAGUGUUACCGAUGUCACAAAUGCCGGUGUUUCUGAGACCAGAGAGGAUGAACCAGAAACCACGACCAGCCGAGUCAUCACUUCCGAAUCGUCACCAGCGGCGCCCAAGGCGGAAGCUGAAUCGACCGCCACUGCCAAUAUCGAGGCGGGUAAGCCUGCGGAAGGGUCCAACAUCAACUCAUUAGACGCCGCUGCUAAAACAGGAGAGACGUCCAUGACCACAUCAGAGCCGGAGAUGUUGGACGAUACCGCCAGCUCAGACACUAACAUAGCACAUCCUUCCGAAGAGAACGGAAAUGCCCCUGAAGUGAGCCCGCACAGCGUUACCGAACUCAUAAGCGUAGCGGCCAAUGCCACCGGCCAUCUCAGCGGACCGCCAAUGGAUAGCGCGGUGGAUGGAUCGGAGUCGGACCGCUCACCUGAGCUACAUGAUGCGACCACUCAGAUUAUACCCAAUAGCGCCUCCGAAGCAGCGAUAACUCAAACAUCCAUGUCACCCAACGGCUCUCCAGGUUCUUCGGUUGGUGAGAGUAAAGCGCUUGAUGAAGAAACAAGGAAGAGAGUUAGAGGCAUCGUCAACACUUCAAGAACAUCAUCAGAUAGUAAAGUGAAGACGUCCGACCAAGAUACGACAAUGCGAUCUAGAAAACCUUCACAAGCAGCAACAGGCCAGUCGAAGUCGAUGAAUGGGUCAAGCACAAUACAGCCAAUAAAAGCAAAUACCAAUACGAAAAUGCCAUCAAGGCACGAGGCUGAUUCAGCCAGAAUGAAUGGCACAUCGACAGAAAACACACUGGUAUCGAUGUCUACUGAGAGCGGUCAAACUGGCAGUAGCCAGUCGACGAAAGUGACGAAAACAUUAUCUUCUGAAGUCAGUAAGUCUCCAGCGACAACCACAGCCAUUCGAGCGUCCAGUGUGCUGGUAUCACAGACCCUAAAUACCAAACCGCCGGCGCUCGUGCGAAGGCCAGCCGCCAAGGACACGGUGUCAUCCACCAAAGACACGAGCGCGAUUUCCCUAGUCAGCAAAAUACUCAGCGAGCUAACUUCAACGGCUAAAACCACGACGUCGGAAUCGAGCACCAGAGACGAGAAAGAAGAAAUGGAAAAGACUGCUGUGCAUUCAGCUGUGUCUGCGGUCCCAGCACCGACAGAACCUUCGUCGACGAGAUGGACCAGUACAAUCGCCUCAACGUACAGGAAAACAAGCACGAUCGAAUCCAUACUGAGGAAGAUGACCCAGUCCAUGCCGACUCCACAAACCACCAGCGCCACAGAGUGGACCACCGAAACAGCCAACAUGUCCACCUCGACAGCGGCCAGCAGUACGGAGUCCGGCGGCCGGCGGGGCGCCGACUGGGCCUGGGAGCCGCCGCCGCCGCUACGACGGCCGCCGCGCUGGGCCGCCUGCUCGAGCAGCUGCAGUGGCGGCUGGUCUCGCUGGUGCACGCGCCCCACUCGGCCUGGCACGCGGCCGUGCUGGCUGAGCUGA